UUUGUAACGUUUGGUGAUUGCUGGCAUUUACUUCACCGAUUGUAUCUGUGUCGCGUCCACUUCGGAGUUGUUACUCGUGCCAUACCAUAACGGUGCCUGCGAAUUUCAAGUGCAUUUGGUUUUUGUGUAAUACCAACAACCUUCAAUGAAUUUCAAUCAACAUUGUGUAAAAUAUUUGGGUUAAACAAUGUCGGAAAAAGACGCCGCAAACUCGGACAUAAUCCAAAAAUCAAUCGGAGUUUUUGGACGAUGGCAUGUAGCAGUGUGCUUUAUUAUCUUUCUUGUCAAAUUCCCAGUAGCCUGGCAUCAACUCAGCAUAGUAUUUCUAGCACCUCCAGUUGAAUUCUCAUGUAUAGAUAAUGAAACAGAUAAAUGUUCCAGUAACUGUAGUGAGCACAUUUUUGACAGAUCAAUUUUUGCUGAAACAAUUAUCACUCAAUGGGACCUAGUAUGUGGUAGAACACAUUUAGCAAGUCUGGCUCAAACUGUAACUAUGCUUGGGAUUCUAUUCGGGAAUAUGCUUUUCGGUUAUCUUUCUGAUAGAUUUGGAAGAAGAGGUCCAUUGACUGCAGCAGUGAUAUUGCAAGUCGUUUCUGGGACUUGCACUGCUUUUGUUCCUUAUUUCGGACUAUUUCUCUUUUUGCGAUUUUUGGCUGCUUUGUCCACGGGAGGAACAAUGGUCGUUAGUUUUGUAUUAGUGAUGGAAUUAGUAGGACUGGAAUGGCGAACCACUUUAGGAAUCCUCUACCAAAUUCCCUUCAACCUUGGUCACUUAUUAUUGCCUCUAUUUGCCUACUUUCUUCGCGACUGGAAAUACUUUCAAAUUACGAUAUCACUACCUGCUAUUAUUUUAAUCUCUUACUAUUGGAUUCUACCAGAGUCUCCUCGUUGGUUGCUAACAGUGGGUAAAAAGGACAACGCGAUCAAACUUUUGGAAAAAGCCGCACAUUAUAACAAACUACCGACGGAAAAUAUCAAAGAAGACGUUCACAACUACUUGCAAAAGAACGAAAUCAGUGAAGAGAAACAAGCUGGCAACAUUUUAGAUUUAGUAAAAACGCCAAUAAUGCGAAUGUAUACAAUUUGCGUUGGUUUCAACUGGUUCGUCUGCGGAUUAUGUUUCUUCGGAAGUGCACAAUAUAUCGGCCAAUUGGGAGGAAAUAUUUUUAUUAACGUUGCUCUAUCUGCUGUUAUCCAAAUCCCGAGUACUCUUUUCUCAAUCUGGGCUGUGAAAGCGUGGGGACGGAAACGAACCUUAAUUUCAAGCAACAUUUUAGCAGGAAUUUCUUGUCUAUUGAUAGCCCUAGUGCCUGAAAAACUAGCUUGGAUUAGGACAACGCUGAGUUGUGUUGACAUGUUUGCAUUAGCUGUUUCUUUUCCAACAGUCUAUAUUUAUUCGGGAGAACUUUUCCCGACUGUUGUUAGAAAUAUUGGUGUGGGAACAUCGUCAAUGUGUGCUAGGUUUGGCUCAAUGGCUGCACCGUUUAUUGCAGGACUUGUUGUAGUACAAGCGUGGUUACCGCCGGUGAUUUUUGGGGUUACUCCUCUUGUUGGGGCAGUUCUUUGUAUAAAAUUACCCGAGACUCUUAAUUGUAAAUUACCAGAUUCAGUUGAAGAAGCGGAGCAGUUUGUUAAAAAAACGCUAGUUAGUAAUGACACAGAGAUGAGAUAAGCAUGAUACAUAUUAGUAAAAAAUUGUAUAUAAUUCUGAGUAGGAAAAUUUCAAUACAGGUGUUUUGAAAUUUAUUUUUCCUACUUUAAUUUAACAAUGAAGUCUUUCAAUACUGUGUAUAUUUUCAAAUAAAUAAAGUUAGUAAUGAAGUAA